CGUAUAACGUCAUUGAACAGUCCGGAAGCGCCCACACGUGUACUCCCAUCUCCACUCUGGGUGCUCCUGCCCCGCUGUCAGUAGCCAUGGGUCGCUCCCGCCGGACGGGCGCGCACCGAGCGCACUCUUUAGCCCGCCAGAUGAAGGCGAAGCGGCGGCGGCCGGACCUGGAUGAAAUUCACCGCGAGCUGCGGCCCCAGGUUUCCAUACGGCCUCGGCCAGACCCGGGCGCUGAGCCCGACCCCGAUCUCCCAGGGGGCGGCCUGCAUCGCUGUCUGGCCUGCGCGAGGUACUUCAUCGAUUCUGCCACCCUGAAGACCCACUUCCGAUCCAAAGACCACAAGAAAAGGUUAAAGCAGCUGAGCGUGGAGCCCUACAGUCAGGAAGAGGCUGAGAGGGCAGCAGGUAUGGGCUCCUACGUGCCACCCCAGCGGCUGGCAGUGCCCACAGAAGUAUCCACUGAGGUUCCUGAGAUGGACACAUCUACCUGACAUGGCCUGAGGAUGCAAGGCAGAGGAGCUGCCCAUGGACAGUGAUGCAGGGCUAGGCUGGGAGAGACUGUGCCAACGUCUUUUGGCCCUGGGUUUGCCGAGUGGAUGGCCUCUUCUGAGUGCCCUCCCCCUUGAAUAAAGGAACUGCAUAAAGAA